AUGAAACGGAAGCUGGAUGACAACGCGAAAGAGCCGAAUAAAACCAGUCGGUACGGCACGAGAGCGACAACGCGGGCAGCGGCCGCGGAAGUCAAUCACGCGUCCAUGGCCGAUCCGAGAAACAGCAGCAAUAGCGAGGAAACGACGACGCUGCAGUCGGCCUUGGAGUCGCUUGGCGCGUACCGCACCCUGGUCCAAGAGCUAAGGGAAGCAAUUAAGGACCAGAACGAGAUUAUCCGCACUCAGCAAGGAGCGAUCCGAGAGUUGAAGGAUGCAGCCGAAGAGCAGCACAAUUUGAUCCGUGAUUUGAGCCAACAACUAAAAGACAACCAGAAACAGACAGGCGACGAGCUGAAGCGCGUUCAUGAGCAACUUGAAGCUAUCACGGCGGCCACAGGCUCUACCCCGCAGAGUUCUUUCACUGACGUCACAAGUUCGUCGCCAUCACCACAGCCCACGUACGCCUAA